GCAACAUUGUGAAUUUCUUAUUUUUGUAGGUAAUGUAAUGUGUUUACUUGGCAUUUUUUUUAUAAUUUCCACUUAAAUCCACCCAUCGAGUGUCUUUAAAUAAUUUCUUGAAAUAAGCUGUGAUUAUUUAUUAGUUAUAAUCGGUAUAUAAGUUCAGGAUUGUUUGCUGUGUAUUGUAAAUAUGUGGCGCGGGUAACGGAUGCAUCGUAUUCAUUUCCCUACAUUCUUGUGCCAUAAAUGUAUAACGUAACGUUUGUUUCGUGAUGUUAUUGCGAAUCGGGGCCGGGUAGAACGGGAAGAUGCCUUUCAAGCUCAAGUUGAAGAAGACGCGGCAAUACAAUGUGGCGUCGAAGAGUCUUUUUGUUAUCAGCGUGGAACUCUUGGACGGAGGCGUCGCGGACUGCACGUUGUCCGUGGACAGCACGGGCCAAGAGUGCUUGGACAACGUGUGUCAAAGACAAGCGAUUAACCAGCCUGAAUUCUUCGGCCUUCGUUACGUAAACCGGAGUCAACAACCGAGAUGGGUCCAACUGGACAGACCUUUAAAACUCCAGCUAGACAAAUUCGCUUCAUCCCACCAGCUAUACUUGCGUGUAAUGUACUACGUUAUUUCUGGAACGAGUUUAAUUACUGAUGAAGUUACUCGCUACCAUUACUUCUUGCAAUUAAAAAACGAUUUAGUGGAAGGUCGGAUAAUUUGUGACUGUCAGCAGGCUGUGGUCUUGGCAUCUUACAGUCGUCAAGCGGAAUAUGGUAAUCAUGACAGGGAACGUCACACCGUGGAGUAUUUGAAGAAUUUGCUGAUGUUCCCUAAGCAAAUGUUGGACGGUGGGCAGAUCAUAGAUAGCAGUACGUUGGCAGAGACAGGGAGGCUGGAAUGGUUGACUGCAGCUGUUAUACAGCAUCAUAUGUCUUUGCACAACAUGCCACAAGCACAAGCAGAAGAAGGAUUCAUAACAACAUGCCAGCAACUGCGAGGAUAUGGCCAAGAGAUGUUCACGGCGCGCGACAAGCGCGACCAGAGCGAGGUCACUAUUGCUAUCUCGCUCACCGGCAUCCGAGUACUGACUGACACGAGCGACACACCUCACUUCUACCGGUGGAUGGACAUAACAAAUGUGAUAAACCAUAAGAGGACGUUCAGCAUCGAAUGCCAGAAGCAGGGCGAGUCGGCAACGUUCACGCUGCCAAGUCCCGAGGACGGCAAGUACGUGUGGCGCAUGUGUGUACACCAGCACACGUUCUAUAUGCGCCACCAGGGCGCGCUCAACGCUGUGGUCGACGAACACAGGCCCAAGUUUCAGCAAGAACACGGCCUAUCCGAGAGUCGGGAAGAGUUGGACGCACCAGCGGGCAGCACUUCUCGACUGGAGCCCUUGACGGCGGCGCACCGCGCGCAUUCCACGUCCUGCCUUGAGCUGGCUGACAACCGACCGCAUCCGACAAACAGAGCACUUCUCCCGUCGUACCGACCUGCGCCCGACUACGAAACGGCGAUCCAACAGAAAUACCAGCAGCAGAGAGCUGAAGCUCAACUCCGAUACCAAAACCACCACGCCCACUCCCAACUCCUCAGCACCACCGCACAACCGCUCGUCUACGGCUCGCACCCCGACAUACACCGUAUACACUACCCUGAUGUCACACGACACACCGUUUCUGUCAACCAAGCGGUUGCAACUACGGAUGACUACUACGGCCUCAAAUUCGUAGGAAACUACCCCAUGGCUGUCAACCCUAACGUCCAAACAGACCACGCGUUACACUACGUUAACGUUUACAAGCCUCCCCCACCGUACCCCUCCAACGGCUUAGCCUCUAACUCCACCCCAGACUUAGCCGUCGCAAGCCAAGCUUUAAAUUACCAUAGAGGUUAUAUCAAUUCACACGUCUCCGGCUCUAGUCCUGAUUUAGUAUCUACGCGAACAGCUUUAAAUAGACAGUAUUUGGGAUACGUAAAUCCCGGCCAUAACGUAGUCAACUAUCCUCGACCGAACAUCCUUCCAGCCACGCACGGAACCUAUAACAAUCUUAAUUCAGUCCUAGAACCAAAUCCUCACAUAAUAAUCGACCCUCAUCACAUUUCGGAUAAUAUACAAAAAGUAUAUGACGAGAGAGGAAAUAUAAUGUACUCUAUGCCGAUGAGACGGAUAUCGUAUCAGAGGCAUUUGGUGCUUCCACAAAUAAAACACAACGAAACUCAAGAACCGAUUUACGAAAAUGUGCCAUUGCCUUGGCAGAACGACGCGAAACUGACUAUGAGGGAAAGAGCUCAAAGUCUCACCACGACAGAUGAAAUCUCGAGGUUAAACGAAAGAAAUAGUAGUCAUCCAACGAUUAAUAACUAUGGAAACCUGAAACCAAACCUAAACGUGCCAAAUUACGUGCCUAAAAUUGACAACGAUAGUCAUUAUGUGAACGCGCAAAUUAUUAAGGGCGUGCGAGAAUCUAGCGUGCCUAAAGAUUUGAAUGUAUCCAUAAAUACGUGUAACAAACAGGACGACAAUCUCUGUUUAAGUAUAGACAGGAUAUCCUUAAAAGACGAUAAAGACUACGACGAAACCCCGUACCAGAGUUUAUCGACACACAAAGUGUCAAACAAUAACACGAUCAGCAAAUCCGUCGACAACGUGACCUCGAUAAGUAUCCCUGAUAUAAGAAUUCAGUCAGAAAGCAACACAUCUCAGAACAGUGUCGUCGACAGUGCUCUAACGAGUUCGAUAAUGAAUUCGACUUACAGCACUAGCAUAGAACUAGAAGGGAGCAAAACUAAUAUAAGUAAAGAGAAGAAAAGAAGGCGAUGGGGUGUUUUUAUGGGGAGGGGGAACAAAAAUGUGGAAGUGAAAAGUGCAACUUUGGGGCGAGAUCGGGCGAAAGCCGGCCAGCCUGCCAAUAAACACAGGUGGUCGACCGGUCUUCCGAAAUUUCAACCCCUACCUCCGAGUAUUACCAAAGAAACCUUGUGCCAAUUACUAGAACGCAAGAUGUCCGACGAGCAGCUAGCGUUCGCGUUCGAACAGAUCCCCAAAGGCAGGGAAGGGGACGCGGAAUAUCGAACAGCCCUUUUGCCGCAAUACGCUGCGCUGAACGGCUUCAGUGCCGACAACCUGCCCUAUGAGGACAACAGGGUGCGAUUACCUCCCACUCCUAGCAACCCGCAUGGGUAUAUCAACGCGUCAAACAUCACGAUGACAGUGGGUAGCUCCCAACGGUUCUACGUGAUAAUGCAAGCAAACCAGGUGGAGCAGUCGGCCCUAAUGUGGGAAUGUAUCUGGCAAGUGGGCGCGCGGGUCGUGGCGCUCGUGGGCGGCGAGCCGAAGCAUUUGCCCCCGCCCGACCGACCCACGGACCUGGGACAGUUUCAAGUGGUGUGCGGUCGGUGGUCUCGCGCGGCGUGGGGCGGCUCGGUGCGGGUGCGAGUGAGACGGGCGGCGCGCUCCAGGAGUCUGUGGCACGUGCACUAUAACGCGUGGCCCAGCAACGCGCACACUCCCAGCGACGUCGCCGGGUUCUUAGAUUUCAUCUCAGAAGUGAACGGUCUACGGCUCGCGUGCGAAGCGGAGGCGAACGCGGAAAACUCGCUCGCGCGGAACGCUCCCAUAGUGUUCAGCGGAGCCAAACCUGGGCCCGCUCUCGCCGCGCAUCUACUGUUACACGUGUUAGACACUAACCAGGAGCUAGACAUCCCUCGGACAAUCGGGCUCCUACACCAGCAGCGCGCCAACCUCAUAGAGAAUGUGCACCACUACCGCUUCCUGCACCAGGUGCUGUUACAGUAUCUCAAGCAGUCCCGCCUUAUCUGAUCACUUCACUAGCAGAUGCCCGCAGUCCAUCCACGUGGAUUUAAGUUUUUCCAAAUCCCGUAUAAACUCCUUGAUUUUCCAGGAUAAAAGUAGCCUACGUCAUCAUGUCUUCGACUUCGAACCACAUGGAUAUAGUCGUUGACAUUGAAUAGUAGCUAUAGAUGACAGAUCAGGAACAAAAUGUUUUUUAUAAUUGAAAAUAAAAUAGUCAAGCAAAAUUGCUCAAAAAUAUAAACGACCACCGUAGUACUAUUUAUUUUGCACAAUCAUAUUUUAGAUUUUUUUUUUUCGAUAUAUCAUGGGUUAGGUUUAUUACCCAUAUAACUCAGCCCAUAGAACUAAAGUGACCAAUACAUAUAUUUAAAAACUUGAAUUUUUAACGACUUGUAUAGAUUGGCAACGUGCCGCCAUCUUUUAAAGCAUGCAAAGAUAACGGGUACAUACCACUCUUCAUUUGACGGUUUUUAUUUGCCGAUAUUUCGACUCAGUUGCACGAGUCGUGAUCACGAGGUGACGGAGAUAAAAUCGAUCAAAUGAAUUGUGGUGUGUACCCAUUAUCUACAAUAUUAUAAAGCUACACAUUUUUUCAUAUUUGCUGAGUUAGGUCACUUUAGUUCAGAGGCGGUGUUCGUUGAGAUUGUAAAAUUGACGUACACGCCUGUAAUGAUUUGACUGGUUUUUUUUUUUUGUAUAUUUCUGUAUUUAAUGUUAUAAUUCUUAAUCGAUUUGUAUAUUUUAGAGUGGUUUUAACUUAAUAAUAUAAACUAAGUAACACAUGAAAGUAUUAAAACUCUGUAAGGGUUGAAUCUGUGCCUAAAUAGUUGAUAUAAAAUAUACAAGGGUUUGUUGAUAUCAUAUUUUGAAGAGUGAAAUAAGAAACUACAUAAACUAUGAACUGAGUGACAUUUUAAACAUUUUACGGGUGAUAUAAGGCUGUAAUAUCAAUGAAAUUCAUUUCAUGUGGUGAAACUUUGUAACAAUUAUAUUAUAGAAGAUGGAAUCAUUGCGAAAUGUGAAAUUAUGCUAAGUGAUGAAAUUACUCAACUGUUUUAAAUAGAGAAAAUGAUUUUGCAUUGAAAUUGAAUUUCUUAUCAUGUAUAUUUUAUAUCAAAAUCUUUAACUAAUAAAAGAUAUUAAGUACUAUUUAUAAAUAUGUAGUAUAUCUCACUAUCAAAUAUAAGGCUAGGUUUCUUAUGUUUCAAGUUAGUUUAUUAGAGAAUCGUGCCUUAAAUCGGAGAUUAUGCGAUCUGACCAUAUUACUGACUGCGUGCCUUCUUAAUUUUUAAGAUUUGUACUUUUUUUGUAUUAAUUAUGUAUUUGAGAAUCAGUAUAUCGAUGCGCACCGGAUUUUGAUUACAAUGCAUUUUAAUCAAUAUAAGAAGACCUUAAGGGUACUUUGUAAUAUCUGCCAUACCGUCAAAAUUGCAACAUUAGCAACAAAAAAAUAACUUGAUAUACUUACCUAAUUGUUCAGCAAAAUGCCUUGUUUUACAGUAUUCAAAUUGUGUCAAAAAGAAAAUUAGUUAAUUACGUUUUAAUAAAUACACAUGAACAUUUAUUUAUAUUCAUACAAUUAAAUAUCAAAAAUUGUUGUUUUUUUUUUUUGUAUUUAGUUUGUAAUUAUUUCUCGGCGUUUACACUAUAAUGUAACAUUUUUACGUAACUUGGUUAUUUUGUUACAUUAAUAUAACUAAGAUCAUGUCUCCUCGUUUCUGAUUAUUGACAACGCAGCAUAAACAAAGUACAAAGUCAGUCUUAAAUACUGCUUUAGUUUGAUUAAAAUACUUAAUUUAUAUGUCUAGCUACCUACUAAAAGUAGGUAAAACUUUUUAGAAGUUUAACUGGAAUUCUGUAUAGGCAAAAACUUAACAUUGUUUCAAAUCAUAAUACAAUAUUACACAAAAUGUUUUAUAUACCACAAGAGUUAUAUAACAUGUUAUAUUAUAGUCUAGACUCGCCUUCAGGUGCAGUGAUGUGUUCAUACUUUUUUAUCGAUGUAUUGUUAUCUAGUCCAAAAGCAGCUCCAUAGUUAUAUAUUAUUAUUAUAUUAAGUUAAAGUAUUGCGCAAAAUUAAUGAUUAAUUACUUAUUGUUUUUUUUUUUCUAAUUUUUACACUAAUUAUUUUGUAAACUUAACUGACAUCCUAAAUCCUUUAAAAUAAUAAUCCUUUUAAAUAUUUUUCUACAGAAAAGAAGAAGUAAUGAAAUACAAUUAUUUAGUAAGCUAAAGUAAUAAAUAAAAUGAACUAAUAGCAAUAAUUAUGUAUGUAUUGAAUGGCUGUAUAUAAUGUUUUCUUGUAAUCUGAUGUUGUAAGAUACAAUUUUGAUUUUUUUAUACUUACUUACGUUUUUAAUGAGAGUUAAUAAAUAUAAAUUAAUAAU